GCAGACAGUUUCACGCGAUAGCCCAUUACAACCUUUACCACCCACAGAUCGCUCUGGCCCUUCCGUUUUCCAAUGAUACAUAAGUGCAGACUCUUACGAGCUGCGUCAUGCCUCCUUUAUCCAUUUAGCCUCCUUUCUCGCUCGUCUCCUGCUAUAGCAGAGGAAAAUUACGAGCGCGGAGUUAGUAUCUGGAUAGUCGAUAAAGCUAUAUAAACUUCAUACAUUCUGAUUGCCCCAGCGCUAACAAAAACGGAUAUUUUUGCGCCUUCUAAUACAGACCCUACACACUGCCACAGCUUCGUCGAUUGUUCCAUCACAAUGUCCAUCCCAGCCCCAACCGAGACACGACACUUCACAGUGGAUUGGAAUACCAUACUAUCGUGGCAGACGGGGACCUGGGGGGAUGGGUCCGACUGUGUCUCUAUAGUCUAUCCCAUCACUUACCUGGGCGACUCACAAUUUCAGAAAAUGAAGGACGAUCAAGCAAUGAACGAAACAUCAGUCUCUCACAACACAUGUCCAGGAUACGGCUGGGAGGAGCAGAUGCUUAAUUCGGCGCCAACGUCACAAGGUAAUGAAUCGCAAUAUCUUGCGGACAAUCAUGGCGUGAUGAGUCCCUUGUUUUCCGUGUCACAUCAGAAUGACUUUGAUCCCGCAACGGAAUGUUCUCACCAGGCCCACAGGCGGAUCGAUGCUAUCGAGAGCAACCUAUAUGACUUGUUCGAAAAAGGUGCUCUCGCAGGGUCAAGCGAAUUGGAGCACUACUUCUCCAAUAAGAAGGGGACGUCAUCUCACUCCAAACCCAGAAAAGAUAGACGAGUAAAUCGACCCAUCCUGACUUGUCAGAGCUGCCGGAAUAGCAAGCUCAAGUGCGACAAGGGAAGACCCUGCGAUACCUGCUCAAGGCUCGGCAAGCGGUGUCAAUAUGCCUCCACGUCGUGAUCGGGGGAUCUGCUUGAUCCGAUCGGACUUCAUGCCCGACGGAGAUCGUAUCGCUUGUAGCCGGUAUUUCGGUCUCAGGGGGUAUGUUAAACAGUGAUAUUCCCGAACAGUAGGUCGGUAGAGAGGCACAAAGAAGGGAGGCGACAACCCCUUUUCUUCGGGAACGUGUGUCCUACUUUGCUCUUCUGCCGACACCUUCCUCCCAUGCAUUGCCAGCAAGCUGUCCAUG